UUCCCCCAUUGCAGUUUUCCACCCCCUUUGUCCCAGAGAGGAUCGGUUCGACUAUGGCUGUCACCCGUCCCCUUUAAGAUGAUGUCGGAAAUAAUUAUGUAUUAUUUAAUUACUUAACACUUCUUUCAUGUCGGCGGACAUACACUUGGGUCGCGCAACAACAUUAGAAAUCAGGCACCAUAGAAGUCGAGCAUGACAAUAUAACCCAAAAAUGGCUUCAUUAGGUUUCUAUGUUGAAACUGCGUUUUCUUCUCUGACAUGACUUUAGUUUCCAGUGCUUCUUCAUACAAUACUACCCUGGGACAGUAGCCUAUGUUACAGGAGGAUGGAAUAAUCGACAGCCGACAAAGAGAAGACGCAUAGGAAGAGUAAAGGGAAUGCGGUGAAAAUCCAACUCAGUUCGGAACACUGUUGCCUUUAUCCCCUGCAAUGUUUUGGCUUUACCAAAACGGACGUUUGAAAGUGACAGUGGGCAAUCGUUAACCUACCGGAUGUAUUAUAAUAUCUGACGACUAUAGUAACACUGGAAAGGGAUAUUUCCCAUAUUUCCCACUCCAUCUGAGGAUCGAUCACAACCUCUCUGACCCUCAGUCAUGACAUCACCUGAGUCACCCUUCCCCUCCCCUUCCCCCUGUCCGCCUCCCCCCCUCCCCUCUUCUCCCACUCCCUCGUCUCCCGCUCCCUCCUCCUCCCUCCCGCUUCCCCCCUCCCUGCCUCCCACGGGGGAGGUGAUGGUCCUGGCCCUAGGGAGGAAGAAACAGAGGAUGCUCAUCUGUCUCUCCCUCUUGCCCAAUCUCUUCCUGGCCUUCCUUCUCUCCUCGGAUCCCCUGCUCACCCUCGCGUCACCCCACCACUGCCGCCUCCCGGGACCUUCGCCUGCCCCGCAGGUCCUCAACGCCUCCCUGCCCUGGGAGAAAGGGGGCAGAGUGGGUGACAGCGGGGGGCUGUCUCAGUGCAAGCAGUAUAUCAACGGUACCCAGUCCGGGGUGGAGAACUGCGAUGCUGGCUGGGACUACAAUGUCACAGAAGGAUUGAGAAUUAACAUUGUUACUGAGUGGGAUUUGGUGUGUGGUCAGUACUGGCUGGUCCCAGUUGAGGAGGUGUCCUUCAUCCUGGGUGUUCUGACAGGAUGCCUGGGACUGGGCUUUGCUGCUGACAGACUGGGCAGGUUGAAGACACUGCUCACCUCGCUAACCCUCUCGGUGGUAUUUGGCGUGCUCGUGUGCGUCUCUACCUCCCCCCCUAUCUUUAUUGUCAUGCGCUUUUGCCUGGCUGCUGCUAGUGCUGGUGUGUACCUCACGCUUUACAUCACACGUCUUGAACUCUGUGAUCCCUCACUACGUCUGCUGGUCACCAUGGUGGCAGGACUAACUACGGUUUCUGGGGAGCUGCUGUUGCUGGGUGUUGCUCUGUCUUGCCAGUCCUGGAGGGGCUUACUCGGAGCGGGGGCUGCACCACUCUCUCUGUUCCUCACCUACGGUAUUCCAGGAGUAUUUCCUGAGUCUCCUCGCUGGCUUCUUCUCUCUGAGAGAUCAGCUGAUCUGAAUUCCUUCAGUGAAAGAAGAGAUAGAGAGAGGGAUGACGAGAGCUUCACAGAGUUGGACUCGGAGCCGUCUCCCUCUACUUACCCCCACCUGUCCUUCCCAGAGCUUGUACACAGCCGGAACAUCUGGAAAAACAUGUGUGUGCUCGGCUUCACCUCGUUCAUUUCCCAUGGCAUUAGUCAUUGUUACAGCUCAUUUCGGGGUGAUGUCAGAGGCACUGCCCCCAGCUUCUAUUGGACCUAUCUGCUGUCCGUCUGUGCGGGAGGAGGGGCCUGGCUGUUGUUAUGGGCAACCGUGAACAGGUGCGGUCGCCGUGGUAUCCUGCUCCUCGCCAUGACAAUGACAGGGCUGGCAUCUCUGAUUCUCCUCGGACUGGUGGAGUAUCUAAGUGAGACGGCCAUCACUGUGUUCUCAGUGAUGGGACUUUUCUCCUCCCAGGCGGCUGCCUCUCUCUGUGUCCUCUUCACUGCAGAGAUCAUGCCCACCAUCAUCAGGGGCAGUGGCGUGGGCACGGUGUUGGGCCUGGGCUGCGUGGGCCGCCUCACCUCGCCCCUCAUGGACCUGCGCAACCACUACGGCUACUUCCUGCACCACGUGGUGUACUCCACCCUGGCCCUGCUGGCCGUGCUCUCCAUCCUGCUGCUGCCUGAGAGCAAGAGGAAACCACUGCCCCAGACGCUGGCCGAUGGGGAGCAGUACCGACGCCCCCCGCUGGGCCGGAGGAGGAGGGACAACGUUCCCCUGCUGGCCACCCCCAACCCAGAGACCUAGCCGCCCAAACGUCACACUUCAGUCAUAACGCCAGCCCAGAGUGUCACCAGGUCCAUGCUCCAGAAAGGAAGAUGGGUGAAAAUGAAGAGGGAGAAGUGCUGUCUGGUUAAGAUGGUUGUGUAGAGCCAGUGAAGGGACAUGGUAGAAUCAACCACACAAUCUACUUUUCCUAACAUAUCAUUUUCUAGUCAUUCCUAACACAGGAGUGUGGGUGGGUGGGGCGGCCAUGCGUCGUUCGUCUGUCUCCAUUUCUGCCAAUGAAGUGAGUGUGUACGUGAAUGUGUGUAUGCGCACACAUAUGUGUGGCCCCGGUCGGAUGGCGGUGUGGAGAGUGCUCGUCAUGCAGUGACCUGUCCCCCGUACCUUUCCUAUAAGGCCUGUGUGUCAGGGAAGGACAUCAGCUGCUUCGUGCUCAUGCUCCAGAACGCCCACCUUUGAUGUGUAUGAUCUGACAGAGCAUGGCAUCACACACAGCUCACAGAGGCAGAUCUACUGUCCUGUAAACACCAUAAACCUAGUUUCGUUAACUUAAUGAAUGCUGGCUUAUCAGUUGAUACAAAACAGUAGGAGUUUUGUUACAUAGUGCUGGAUCUUGGAAGAGUGCUUUUGUACUGUGCUUGGCACUUAGCCAAGUUGAUAGAUCACAUCUGUCUACUGCUUUUAAAGGCAAUGGGGAAAAUAACAUGGAUUGAUUGAAGAUGAAUUGAGUUACGUUAUAAUUGAGGGUUGUUUGAGGAAGCUUUGUGAACUUGCAUCAAAUAAAUAGUAAUAGGCGCCCUCCUAAAAUCAGUAGAUAAAAAAGAGAGAAAAUUACAUUUUAAUGUACUGUAGUACCUCAAACUUGAUUGGAUGUGAUAAAAUGAUAUGAAUUACAUUUUCAGAUGUGGCCUGGAGCCAAUACUGUUUAUGUGUCAUUAAUCUUGUCUAGGCUCUCAGACCCACCUUACUGUAGGCUCCUCUGAAGACAUAGGAACAUAUGAUAGAAAGAGUGUCUGUGCAUUCAGAGCUGAAAACCUUGUGUAAAUAGACAUGUAUGGUAGAGAAUGGAUGGACACACCUUUACAAUCCCCUAUGAGUUUAUUUAGACAGUGAAGCUAAAACUUUUUAUUUGGCUUUAUACUCCAGCAUUUUGAGAUCAAAUGUUUCAUAUGAGGCGACAGUAGAUAAUGUCACCUUUUAUUUAAGGUUAUUUUCAUACAUGUCUGUUUUACCGUUUAGAAAUGAAAACUAGUCCCCCCCCCCAUAUGAAGGUGUCAUAAGUAUUUGGACAAAUUAACUUAUAGUAUAUUACAUUUAGUCAAAAGUGUAGUAUUUGAC